UUAUCGAGAAUAGUGUUCACUUCAUGUUCUCCGAUACAAGCAUCCUUUAUUGAAUCUCACUUGUGAAUAAAGCAAAUGUAACAGAUUCGGAACGUCAAUUCUAUCGUAGCAAUAAUGAUUGUCUCAGUGAGGAAAAGUACCUUCUGUAUGCUAUUAUUGUUGAUACAUAUCAGUUUCUCAGCUUUGAUAGAUCUUCUUCGAAUCCCACAAGUGCGAACACCUGCUGAUGCCAAUGGAGCUGAAUAUUACGCACUAGAUUUUAUGGGUUUAGUUGAACAAUACGGAUAUCGAGCAGAGACUCACGACGUCACCACUGACGAUGGCUACAUAUUAACAAUAGGUAGAGUGUUUCCAAAUGUAAUUGAUCCCAAUGAAUCUGAUGGACAUCCAGCCGUAUUUCUUCAGCACGGAAUGGCAGAUACAGCUGACAGUUUCGUGCUAUUUGGUCCCAAUAUGAGCCUUGCAUAUGUACUAUCGGAUGCUGGUUACGACGUUUGGCUCGGUAAUCUUCGGGGAAACACUUUCAGCCGUAGGCAUACCACUUUAUCCCCAGAUGAUUCACAAUUUUGGGAUUUUAGUCUAGAUGAAUAUGCAACAUUGGACUUACCCGCGAUGACAGACUACGUGUUGAAUUACACCAAGCAAUUGUCAAUGACAUACGUAGGGUAUUCCAUCGGAGCCACCAUAGUGUCACUCUUGCUCGCCGAAAGACCAGAGUACAAUGAGAAAAUAGACUUGGCAAUGCUCCUGGCUCCCCUGUGCCCCUGGAAAACUCUGACUCCAGCGAGACGCGCGCUAAUUCGAUUGAUCCGAUUAGGGAAAGAGGUGACACCCAAUGGAGCAACUGAAAUGUCUUCUCAGACUAUAUUGUUACCGCUCUUCUUCGAGAAUGUUUGCAUGGCCAAUAAUUACACAACAAUUACAAUGUUUUGCUAUUCUCCUCUGAGAUUCUUCCUCGGGGUAGAUGGGAUACAAUCUACUGUUGAAAAUAUGAAUCUCUUCACGAGAUACUAUCCCGCUGGCACGUCAGUGAAAGUUGCCUAUUAUCUUCUGCAACAAUUGGAUUCAGGUAUAACUCCACGUCAUUUUGAUUACGAAGACAGUCGCAUCAAUCUCCAACGUUACGGACAAAGCCAGCCGCCAAUUUAUAAUUUGAGCAAUAUCAUCACACCAAUGGUGCUGUUUUCUGCUCCCAACGAUCCGUUAGCGCUGAAGAAAGAUGUUGACCAGUACAAAAAAAACUUCGUGAAUGUUAAGAAGUUGAUAGAUGUACCCAUUAAUUAUACUGACUUCAGUCACUUGGAUUUUGUAACUGCUAAAGAUGCGAAGAAAUUGGUAUACAAUCGAUUGUUAGAAAUUCUCAACGAAUUUCACAGAAAAGGACGAUCACUUGUGACUUGAGGAAAAUUGUUGAAUAAAUU